AGAAUUUUCUAUAUAAUGCACUUGAAAGACCGCGGGGAUGGGCGUUUAUUUACCACGCUUAUGUAGGAGAACGAACAGUCAACAACAUACUGCACACUGAGCUAUGGCUUCCUCCAACAGUCUCCUGUCUGAAGAGCAGUUCCAGUGCUCUAUCUGUCUAGAUGUGUUCACUGACCCAGUCUCCAUCCCGUGUGGACACAACUUCUGCAUGGCCUGUAUCGGAGUGUACUGGAACGCUAAGGGCCUAUGCAAGUGUCCAAUGUGUAAAAAGGCUUUUGAACGGAGACCAGAUCUCAGUGUCAAUACUUUUAUUUCUGAAAUGGCUGCCCAUGUCCGGAAGCUAGCUCCAGCUGACAGCACACUCACACAGCACCCCGCCAAGCCUGGAGAAGUGGCCUGCGAUGUCUGCACUGGGAGGAAGUUCAUGGCCUUGAAGUCGUGCCUGGUUUGUCUGGCUUCUUACUGUGAGACUCACCUAGAGCCUCAUCAGAGAGUUGCUUCCUUCAAGAAACACAAGCUAAUUGACCCUGUGGAGAACCUGGAUGACAGGGUGUGUGAGAAGCACCAACGACCCCUGGAGUUGUUCUGUAGGAGCGACCAGACGUGUUUGUGUCAGUUCUGCACUGAGACAGACCACAAGUUCCACAAGGCUGUCCCCAUAGAGGAAGAGAGUGGAGUGAGGAAGAGUCUGCUGUGGGAAACCAAGGGAAAAGUGCAGAGGUUGAUCAAGGAGAGACUGCAGAAGGUGAAGCAGAUGGAACACUCAAUAGCACUCAGGAAGAGGGGUGCAGAGAGAGAGAUAGAAGAUAGCGUGCAUGUCUUCACUACUCUGGUGCGCGCUAUUGAGAAAAGCCAGGCUGAGUUCAUUGAGGUGAUUGAGGUGAAACAGAAAGCAGCAGAGAGGCAUGCCGAAGGGCUCAUCAAAGAGCUGGAGCAGGAAAUUACUGAACUACAAAGGAGACUCACUGAGCUGCAGAAGCUGUCAAACACAGAGGACCACCUCCACGUCCUCCAGAGCUCCCCAUCGCUUUGCACCCUUCCACGCACCAAGGACUGGUCUGAGAUCAGGGUUCACAGCGGUUUGUGUGUCGGGACCCUUUGGAGAGCUGUGUCUCAACUGGAGGAGACACUUAAUGAAGAGGUGGAGAAGUUGUCUGAGACCGAGCUGGAGAGAAUGCAGCAGUCAGCUGUGGAUGUGACUCUGGACUCAGAUACGGCAAAUCCCAAACUCAUUUUGUCUGAGGAUGGGAAACAGGUGAAGCUAGGACACAGUCAAAAGCUCUUCCUUGACAACCCAAAGAGGUUUGAUCCUGUACCCUGUGUACUAGGAAAUGAAGGCUUCUCCUCUGGGAGAUUUUACUUUGAGGUGCAGGUGGAGGGGAAGACUAGGUGGGCUUUGGGAGUGGCCAGAGAGUCCAUCAACAGGAAGGGGAAUGUACGGCUCAGUCCUGUGAAUGGAUACUGGACUGUGGGGCUGAUGAAUGGGGAUGAGUACAUGGCUCACGCUGGGCCCAGUAUCCCUCUCUCUCUGUCAGAGGAGCCUCAGAAGGUGGGGGUGUUUGUGGAUUAUGAGGAGGGGGAGGUCUCCUUUUAUGAUGUGGAGGCCGGGUCUCAUAUCUAUUCUUUCACCGUCUGCACCUUCACUGAGAGACUCUACCCAUACCUCUUUACAGGCAUAAAUAAUGAUGAUAAAAACUCUGCCCCAUUGAUCAUUUGUCCGAUCAUGUCAGUCAAUCAGUAUGAGAUUUCACCUCUCGAUGAUACACCUUAGAUUUCAGCAAUUGAUUCAGUCAAGUGAUUGUUGAUACCUCUAUACAGCUUUUCAAAAAUGGUCACAGUAUUGGAAUGACACAGUGAAAAAGUUAGGUUUCUAAUCAGGCAUGCAACUGACAAUGUUUUUUUACUUUUCAUUUAGAUUGAAUGGACAAAGUCCCCUCAUACAAAAACAUAUAUUUUACCUCCACAAUCAUGUAGGAAUUCAUUAUUAUUCUGCCUAUUUUUCUCUGUGGCAUAUAUAAGUAACUGCCCAAAUAAAGGAAAUACCAACAUAGUCUCUUAAUAGGGCAUUGGGCACCACGAGCCAGAACAGCUUCAAUGCACUUUGGCGUAGAUUCUACAAGUGCCUGGAACUCAACUGGAGGGAUGCAACACCGUUCCAUCGUUUUGGGUUUUGUUGAUGGUGGUGGGAAAUGCUGUCUCAGGCGUCGCUCCAGAAUCUCCCGUAAGUGUUAAAAUGUGUUGAGAUCUGGUGACUGAGACGGCCAUGUCAUAUGAUUUACAUUGUGUUCAUUCUCAUCAAACCAUUCAGUGACCACUCGUGCCCUGUGAAUGGGGACAUAGGCAUGGCAGCCAAAAUGAUGGCCUGCCCAGCAUUUUUAUGCAUUUCCAUAAGCAUGAUGGGGAUGUUAAUUUGCUUAAAGUGAGACUCAGAAAUGACGUUGCCACGAGCAUCACUGCAGAUAUUCAGAUGAGAGAGAUGCAAGACUUUGCUCUCACACAGUCACACACAGUAUCUGAGCAUGGGUUCACUUCACCCUGUUCACAAGGUAAUAGCCACGGGACUAAUUUUCCUUUAUAUGCGUAACAAUCAUAUGUGUAUAAUCAAUGGGCUACUGGAGAGAAGGCACUGUUCUGUAUAUUUGGAGGGUACGUUUUGGGGUGAGGUGAAAGGUUUUGUUGGGCUUUUUCUUAAAAUAGAAAAACUAAAUGCUACAGUGCUUUAUGACAGUUUACACAGGUGUAUGAGUUGGCCUCUUUUAAAUCUUCCAAAAUGUACAAAGUCUUUGGUUGGAGAUGCUCUGCAGCCUGCAGAGUAUUGAUGUUUGAAAUGAUGUUAACUGUAAUUACACAGUCCUUUUAAUGUUGGAAUUUAGCGAAAAGGUUUGAACAACAAAUCAAUGUCCUGUUAUCAAAUAAACAUUCAGCACGUA